GGCGCAGGACUACGCACGUGGGUAGAGGCGAGAGGACCCGGCCGAUGGCUAGUUCCGCGGGGCUGGCGCUAUGCGGGCAGGCGGUGGUGGUGCGGGGAGGCAGCCAGUUCCUGGCCACUAGCACUGCAAGCAGUGAUGAUGACAGCCUCUUCAUGUAUGAUUGCGGUACUGCGGAAAAGAAGCCACAGAAAGAUAAAGGGGAGGACGGGCAGCCUGUGGAGAAGGGGAGUGACACGAUCCUGGCGUCCACCUUCUCCACGUCUGGAAGCUAUUUUGCUUUAACUGAUGACAGUAAGCGUCUGAUUCUUUUCCGUACAAAACCAUGGCAGUGUCUGAGUGUCAGGACCGUGGUGAGGAGGUGCACGGCCCUGACGUUCACAGCUUCUGAGGAGAAGGUUCUGGUGGCGGACAAGUCUGGGGACGUUUACUCCUUUUCAGUGCUGGAGCCACACGAAUGCGGCAGACUUGAACUUGGGCACCUGUCGAUGCUACUGGAUGUGGCCGUGAGCCCCGAUGACCGCUACGUCCUCACCGCUGACCGGGACGAGAAGAUCCGGGUGAGCUGGGCCUUGGCGCCGCACAACAUCGAAGCCUUCUGCCUGGGGCACACCGAGUUUGUGAGCCGCAUCUUUGUGGUGCCCGACCACCCGGAGCUGCUGCUGUCCUCGUCCGGGGACUGCACCCUGAGGCUCUGGGAGUACAGGCGCGGGCGCGAGCUGCACUGCUGUCACCUGGCCAGCCCGCAGGAGCCAGCGGGCCCCUGGAGCGACAAGAGGUUCGCCGCGUCCAGGAUCACUUACUGGAGCCGGGACAGCUGGGUGGCCCUGCUGUGUGACUGCCUCCCCGUGGUCUGCAUCUUCCGGCUGGACGCCCCCGGUCGGCAGCUGGUCUGCAGACAGCAGCUGUCUUUCCAGCACCGAGUGUGGGACGUGGCUUUCGAGGAGAGCCAGGGGCUGUGGGUGCUGCAGGACUGCCGGGAAGCCCCGCUCGUGCUCUGCAGGCCUGUGGACGGCCGGUGGCAGACUGUCCCUGAGACGGCCGCGGUGCAGAGGGUCAGUGCUCACCUUCACAGGAACUGGGCCAUGCUGGAAGGCUCUGCCGGCGUGAACAACGGCUUCAGCGGUCUGUACAAGGCCACCUUUGACAACAUGGCCACUUACCUGGAGAAGAAGGAGGAGAGGCUGCAGCAGCAGCUGCGGAAGAAGCGACACAAGAACCCGCCCCCUGGGCCCAACAGGCAGACCAAGAGGGCAAAGUCCGGGGAGGCGUCCUGGAGCGGCUAGUCCUGGCCCUGGCGUGGCUCAUCCUGGUGCGGCUCGUCCUGGCUCGUCCUGGCUCUGGUGCGGCUCGUCCUAGCCCCCAUGCAGCUCGUCCCAGCCCUGGUGCAGCUCGUCCCAGCCCUGGCGCGGCUCGUCCCAGCCUUGGCAUGGCUCUUCCCAACCCUGGUGCGGCUCGUCCUAGUCCUGGUGCGGCUCGUCCGGCCUCGGAAGACAGAUUUUUCUCUCCCCCAUUGCCAGUAGCUCCUGGGAAGGAAAACGUGGACGUCACUGCCCACUUGGUGAGGGCCAUGCAGCUCCGCAGACGCUGGGGCUGUCCCAGUGAUGGGUGGUGUCCUGGGCUCCAGAGUGUCCUGUCGCUGACAGAGGCUCUGCUGAAGGCGCCCUGCUGCCACUGGGAGGCCGUACCGCGUACCGGCUCAGCUGGACACCCCGCCGGCGGGCAGCGGGCAGCCCGGGAGCCCUUCGCCUUCGCCUUCACGCUGGGGGGACGUGAGCUGUGUCCGCAGCGCCUGUUGGUUCCUCUGCUCUGUUCCAUAAAGCCGCCCACGCUUGGCGCGCCUUCCCCCGGGGCACUCCACAAGCAGACGGUUUUACGCCGGCAUGAUGGGUGUUUUCCUUUUGUUCCUGUUGACGGGUUCUUCCAGGCAGCGGACUGCACCGUCCACCCUGGCGGCCACUCGCCAUGGGGGGCCAUCACAGCCCAGGCAG